AUUGGUUAGACAAUAUAUAGUUUAAUUUUUAGAAUUUUGUUUUUUGGUUAAUCAGGUUUUCGCUUAAUAAUUUAUCUAUAGCUAACAGUAACUAACAGAUUUUGUAUUUAAUUAUUUUUUAUUAAUUACUGAAAAAUUACAAAAUACUAUUUGUCUGAUUUGUGAUAGGGUUUCGAAUCCAUUGGUCUGGAAUGAUGUUCAGCUCGGUAGUUCGUAGGGAUAUAAAAUUAUGUAUGAAGUUGUUUCCUAAAGGUUUCAGCACUAAGGUGUCUUGGGAUAUAGCUACAAGUGUGUGCAUUGAAAGGGUGCCAGUAGUAUCACCGCCACUCAGCGAUAUUCAAAAAAGAUAUAAUGAUAUGUUAUAUACUUUGGAAAUUGAGAAAAGUUUGAAGUCAGACCAUGAGCUUAGGCAUGAAAAUGACAAAAUUCAAGCAGAACUUCUCAAGAAUGACGCUGCUGAUGUUGACAUGGAUGCUAUCAGCAAAAUUACUGCACAGGACUUUGAAGAUGCAGCUAAUGAAGAAUUAGCCAAAUUCAAAUUUGCUGCUGUUGAAACAGAAGCUGACAAAAAAGGAGACAAAUGUACCCCACAUAGGUGUUUACAGAGACAUUUAGUACUGGUCACAGAUGUACAGCUGGGCCAAGAUAAGAAAAAGUUGCUGCCACAGGGCUUAUGGAAAGAAGGUGAAACACUACGACAGACAGCUGAAAGGAUAUUAUUAGAACAAUGUGGACCAGAAUUGAAAGUAAAAUUCUUAUCUAAUGCACCAUGCGGAUUUUAUAAAUAUAAGUACCCAUCAGAAAUUAAUGGAAAAGUUGGUAGUAAGGUGUUCUUCUACUAUGCCAGUUAUAAGAGCGGAAACGUUACAAGCAAUGUGAAAGCAAAUUGGUUGACCAGAAAUGAAUUGACAGAAGUAUUGCCGGUCAGAUACAAUAAGUCUGUACAUGAAUUUUUAAUUGAUGAAACGUUUUAGUUAUUUAUCUCUGAAUAAAAAAAUAGUU